CUAAAUACGCCAUUAAAAAUAAAUAAUACACAUUCAAGCCACACAUUUCACGCAUUGACAUUAUUAUUUACAUCUAAAGUUCAUAAAUAUAUUUUUAACACUGCCAUCACUGUCAUGGGGUCUGCAGGUGAUUGGUGCUUGAUAGAAAGUGAUCCAGGAGUUUUUACCGAGCUAAUUAAAGGCUUUGGUUAGUGUUAAUACGAUGUAUUUUGUGGCAUUUUCAGUGACCAUUAUUUACCAUUCUAGAUACUUUGGUCAAAAAUGUAAACAUUUUUUAAAAAUAAACCAAUGUAGAUACUUUGGUCAAAAAUGUAAACAUUUUUUUAAAAAUAAACCAAUGGCACAGUUGAAUAGAGCUAAUUUUAAACAUAAUUAUAACACCAAAAUCAUAUUUUUAGCUGUUGUAGUUUUAAAGUUAUGAAUUUUUAAAGUACGACUUGGUUUGUCAUUUUUUAACAUGGACUGCAUCUCCACAUUCUGUGACCUCAUUCCACUGAUCGCGUCAUGCGCAAUGACUAUAUAGUUUAUAUAAGGCAACGCAUUCCCUAUCACUAAAAUACUGUUUAGGGUCGACUUAUUUUAAACUUUCAACUUUGGCACAUGAAUAAUUAAUAAAAGCUUUCCCUGACCAAUGGUUUAAUAGCUUUUGCACACGGCAAACUCUUAUGAAUGAAACUCUGAGAUAGUACUACGACGUAGCCGUUAUGCAAGUGGCUGUGAAUGGUUGCCAAUGACAACGUGUUGCACAGGGAAAAUUCUGAUCAUUUAUAUUAUGGACUCUGCAGGGUUUUUAAAGCUCAAAUUAAAACAUUUCCAGUUUAAAUGUCUUCAAAAUGCAUUCUGAAACACAAAAUAUAAAAUAUUUUGAUGUAUAUAGUGGUAAUAAUUAAAUAUUUCCUAAGUAUCGGCAACUUCCGCCAUUAAAAAGGGGGCGUGGCCCACGCCAUGUCGAAAUUAGGCUGAGCCACCUUAUGGUGAUAUGGGUCACUGUGACAAGUGUAACAAACGUGAGACACGACCUACAUCAAUGAAACUUGGCACAGAUAUAGAUCAAUAUCUAAUGCUCAUACAGAUUUAAUAAAAAAGGACCUUAUCUUAUUAUUUCACAAAAAAUUUUGUAUGCGAAGAUGCCUUAUAUAUACCAAAGAUUUUCAAAAUAAAGGUCGAUUGAAAAAAGCAAAAUAACUGGCUAGAAAUGUAGGCCAAGAUGUCUUCCAAAUUAUAAGGCCGGAAACGGAACUCAAAUAUAUGUGGAAAGAACUAAUUUAAUAAUAAAUAGACACACACAUCGGAAAAUGUGAUCGCCGGACGGCUAGUAGUUUUUAUAAUUCUGAACGUAGUUUGAUUAGGUAGAUCUUGUGUGGUCUUGUGGUUCAGUUGUCGCUUGACGAUACGAUUGUUUGAGGAUCAAUACCGAGGAUAGGAUCGUUUUUUUUUUCUUCCCAUUUUAAUUAAAAAUAUUUUAUAUAUAUUUAUAUUAUCAUGUUCCUCAGCAACAGUAGUUUCAUGUGAAGUUUUUAAAUAUUUUGUAGCAAUUUAAACAAUUUAAAAUGAAAUCUUUUACUUUUAUUGGUUGCCUACUCCACACUGGCCCCUAAUUUAUUUUAUGGGUUGCUGGUACACAAACUCAAAUAACAAACUUAAACAAAAAUGUUUACAAGCCACUUUCACUUAAGUUUUUUGCUAUUAUUUGCAUUCAAGAUACUCAGUACAUUACUUGGUAGAGAGAUUUUAGAAUUAAUAAUAGUUUGAAUCAUUCGCAGUCAAUGUGACAAGGCUGACCGAGAUAUCUCUCGCCACUUUGUUACGGCGGUCAUGUGACUUGGUCGCUGGACAAAUAGUGCGGGAGAUAUAGACACUGCCAAAAAUUAAAUGCAGUGGCAUAGAUGGGGAAAAGGUGGGGGGGAUGAUCACCCCCCCCCCUCUUGGGUGAAUGCGCCUUGUAUGGAGGGAGGGGCAACUUGGCUUGGCCUCAUGCAUAUACAUAUGCUCUUUUCCGGAAGGGGGGUGGGUGUCAAAAAAUAUUUUUUUGUGGGUGGCCUAGUGCUAGUAGUAAGUACAAACCCUAAAUAUGCCAUGACUGACUAAGUAACUAAUCUAAAGUGUAAGCCCAUCUUUAUAAUUGUAGGCUAUACCUCAUACUCAUCAGAAUCAUAUCAUAUUUAUUUUGAUAUCACAGUUUAAUACAUCCCAUGAACCCCCUCUCUCUUUCUAAACCCCACCCCCCCCCCCCCUAUCCAAAUAUUCCAGUCCCCAAUAUUUCUCAUUGUCAGCUGAACCAGUUGAGUGUGCAGAACACAAAGAUCAUACCUAUUAUAUAGGUUUACAUUUAACUUUUGCUGUAUUUUUAUUUUUAAAUUCUUUAAAUUUGAUACUAAAUCAUAAUUUUUCAAAUUCUUGAUUUUAAAAAAAAAAUUAUAAAAGAAAAUUAUUUUGAAAAUUUUUAUCUUCAAUUUGUAAACAUCAACAAAAUUUACUUUGAUUUCUUAAUUAACUUUAACAGGAUGCAGGGGUGUUCAAGUUGAAGAAAUUUGGAGUCUAGAUCCAGAGAGCUUUGAAUCAUUGAAGUAAGCCUUAAAUAUCUUUUUAACAAUAUUAUUAUAUAAUUAGAUAACAAAAAUAGGCUCAUUUUAUUUAGUUAAUUAUCCAGAUCCAUUUGGGCAUGUGCCUUUCAGCUCGUUUUCUUUAGUUAGAUCUAUAUUAUAUCUUUCAGAGCUGGUUCAGGCGUUAACAAUAUUAAAAAAUAUUUAAAGCUAAAUUGAAGAGAAAAUUUAAAAAAUUAAAACUCUACAAUUCAAAGGUGCAAGUUGCCAAUAUAUUUAAAUCUUUUCAUAUUGAAUUUUGGAGUGCAUUUUGCUGGCUGCAUUAAGUUCCUGUGCUUGAAAAGCUUUAACAUUAUUUCUUUAACUCUUUCUCUCCGGAACAACGCUCUCAUCGUCGAUUUGAAAUGAAGAUUUUGGCGUAUCGACGAUGGCAUCGUCUAUGUAUAAAAACCUGUUUAUUUCGGUUCUUUUCUUAGCUAUUGGUAUUUAGUUAUUUUAAAUCAAUUCUAGAAUGAUUUCCCUUUCAUAAACAUCCGGUUUUACUGUGUUUGAAUGAAGAACGAAUUGUUUGAAGCGGUUGUUUGGAUUGUCCAUUUUAUUUUUGUUUACAAACAUGAAAUCUUGACCUGACCCAUCUGGUGACCGAUCAAAUAAAGGUGGAAAAUAUUACUCUGAUGAUGAUUCAGACAGUGAUUUUAUUAUUUCAAAUGCAGAAGCUGAUUCCUUUGAAUAGUAUAUGAUUAUAAUCCUAGUACUACUAGUAUUAGUAGUACUAGUGACGAAAUAAUGAAAUUGGUAAUUCAUCAGCUGAUGAACAACCAGCCCCUCCCCCAGCUAAAGUGCACAUCAAUAUGAAUUGUUUUUAGGCUUAGCAUAGCUAAAUACAGAUGAAAAGAUAUGACAAAUGUAUUGUAAAUGUUCCAUUUACCAUUAUAAAUGUUAGUAGAUACAAGAAUACAGUGCAAAUAUUUUGUAAUAGCAACAAAUUGUUUCCAGUGGAAAUAGUAACAAAAUUUUCGCAAAUUUUUUGUGUGACAGUGACAAUGGAUAAUGUGCUCUGAGGUUUAAUUUUAUUCGUUUUUUAAGUUGAUCUUUAUUAUUUGUGAUGCACAUAUGGAUAUAGUUCAGAAAAAAAAAAAUUUUUGUUACACUUUGGAUUAUAUAUUUCUCCUCGUGUGACUUGGAAUGAGCGUUUGUGAACAGUUGGUAAGUUUUUUAUCUUUAAUUUUUAUUUUUCUGUAAUGAUAAUCACAUUUAUAUAUUAAAAUUUAAACCCAAGUCUGGUUUGCUUGUAAAGGGCAUACAUUCUCCUUUAAAUCCAUACCACACUUAGCACUUUCUUAUGAAAAACAAAAAAGUUAUGAAGGUUUAGAGACAACAUAGUAGUGCGUUCCAAAAACGCAAAAUAGAUAAUUCCGUCAGAACGCGGAAAGUAAUUCCGGAGAGAAAGAGUUAAUACAUCUCUUAAUUAAAGAUAAAAAAAUUUAAAAUAAGACAAAGAGUAGAAAAUGUCUUGUCUAGAAAUUUCAAAAAUUAUUUUUAAAAUUUGUGUUGAUGAUAAUGUACUUACUAAAAAGUAAAUUUAGGAAGUGUUUAAAAAUGAUAUAAUUUUUUAUAUUGAAAGUUAUCGCAUUUUUAUAUUACUUAGACCAGUUCAUGGGCUUAUAUUUCUCUUCAAAUGGUCACCCAAUUCAGAACCUGACGAGUCCAUCGUCCAGGAUAGUAGGUUACAAAAAAUAUUUUUUGCAUCUCAGGUAAGAAAUUAUAUUUGAAAUGUGAUCGUUUUUUAUAAGGCUACGAUGAAUAACCUGUUUGUACUCCAUACUAAUUUUGUUAUUGAAUACCGUAAUUGUGCUAGAUUUUUUAAUUUGGUGUUUAUAAAUAGCAAAGUUGCCAAAUUAAUUUUAUGAGUUCAGCUUUACUUUUUUGUCUUAAUUCAUAUAAGAAAGGCUAAAAAAUGAAUAGUAGAUAUUUAUGAUUUCUAUAAGUAAAAAGGCUAGCAUGUCAACACUGAUUAUUUUAUAAAAGAUCUUGUUUAUAUAAAUUGUAAUAUUUAAGCUGCCUUUGAUUUUAAUUGAAAUUCUGGCCUGCCAUUGGUCUUUUAUGUGAAACUUUCUGUAAUAUACCAUUGUAAAAAAAUCUUCAUUUUCAAACAUAUAAUAGUACACAUUUCUUUACGUAUUUACCAGGUCAUCAACAAUGCAUGUGCCACACAAGCCAUUUUGAGCAUUUUAUUAAACUGUAAUCAUGAAGAUAUUGAGCUGGGAGAUACCUUAUCUAAUUUUAAAGACUUUGCUCAGGAUCUUGAUCCAGGGGUUAGUUUGUUUCUUUAACAGUGUUAUUUUUUUCUAAUUGACCUUUUUUAACCUUUCAAUAACUAUUAAAACUAAAUUAAGACACCAUCUUUCUAAAUCAGGAUAAGAAAUGUUAAAACAAUUGUACGUUUUUUUUUAGUCAUUAACUCAUUCCUGACAGCAGUGCUACUUUCUUGACUUGAUAUACCAGAACAAAGGGAAGUAACUCCGUUUUGCAACUGAUUUACACACAUUUUUUUUAGCUGCUAAAUAUUAAUUAAUAUUAUUGAAUUAAAGAUAAAUUCUUCCAGGAGGGAAUUAGGUAUUUAAAAGAAAAUAAUAUUAAUGUCGAACAAAUAACGAGAAGUGACUAAAAAAAAUAGAUUUUUUGCACCUCGGAUGAACACAAGCUAGACGCUCUAAAGCUCACAAAGAUUGAAAGUGAAACAAGAUAAAAAGAAUUGCUCUAUUUUUAUAAAUUGAAAUCAUGCAAAAUCAUGCCAUUACCGGAAGUCCUGAGUGAAGCAUUUACUCACAACCUUCAGGAAAGAGUUAAAGUCUUACACAGUUUUUUUUAAUUUCUUAUUUUUCUUAUUCCUGAAUUCUACUCAACUUCUACCCCAUUUCCUAACUUUUAUAAUAGUAAUAAAAUUUAAAAAUUGACUGUAAUUAAAAAAACUUUGAUUUUUCAUUGACUUAAACCUCUGGGAAAAAAAAAAAACAUCAAAAAUAAGUAACUGAAAGUGAAAAAUCAAAAAAAAAAUUAUUAUAGUCAAUUUUAAAAAUUAAGUAUUCAAUAUCGUCAAAUCAACAAAAUUAAAGGGAAAAAAAACUCAUUAAAAAAAAAAAAACAUUAAAAAUGAAAAAAAAAAAAAAAUAAAAAAAAAAUAACUGAAAGUAAAAAAUCAAAAAAAAAAUUAUUAUAGUCAAUUUUAAAAAUUAAGUAUUCAAUAUCGUCAAAUCAACAAAAUUAAAGGGAAAAAAAACUCAUUAAAAAAAAAAAAGCCUCAAAAUGUUUCUUGACUUUUGACAUGACCCUAAUGAGUUGGUUGUGAUAAAUAUAAUCUAAUAGUCUAUUGGUUCAGAUUGUUUGAAUAACAUUAAUAUCUUCCUAGCUUCGUGGUCUUAGUAUGAGUAACUCAGAUACCAUAAGGGAUGUUCACAACAGUUUUUCAAGGUAAAUGUGCAAAAUAUUACAUUACAUCUUUGUAUGCUCUUAACAUCUAAGGACCAUUUACCAUUGUUGUCAUAAAUGAUUCCAUGUAAUUAGCAUAGGUUUUAUUAAGCAAAUAAAUUUUUUAAUUAUUCAAUAUUUUGUUUUUACUUUCACAGACAACAAAUGUUUGAGUUUGAUGAAAAGAUUUCCAAGAAAGAUGAUGAUGUUUUCCAUUUUGUCAGUUACCUCCCUAUUGAUGGUCGUUUAUAUGAACUAGAUGGUUUAAAAAGUGGACCAGUUGAUCUGGGUAAUUAUUUUUAUGCAGUUUUUUUUACUCUUUCCCAAAAGUUGUGUCUAAAUGCAUUCUUUGGGGGUUCCAAUGGAUGAGUCCCGGUGGCUAGCGACGUAAAUCUUUCAUUUUUAUUGAAAAAUAGCAAUGAAAUUUUGUAUCCUUUGUAUUUUGUACCACUUCUGGUGAUGGAAUGAUUUCAGUUUUAUAAAACUGAAAUUUUUAUCUUGUUUCACUUUCAAUCUAUGACUAUGUAUGCUUUAGCAUGUGUUCAUCUGAGCUGCUGAAAAUCUACAUUUUGGUCAUUACACAUUUUUUUUUUGCCAUUAAUUUUAUUUAUUUUUUUAUUAAACCUACUACAUUUCUUGAUUCAUUUAUCCUUAUUUAAUUUAUUAGUAAUUAUUUUUGUACAAAUCAAUGGCAAAACGGAGUUACUUUCCUUUUUUCAUGCAGUAAAUAUUUAUUUAUUUAUUUAGGCAUUUUUAUAUAGCGCUUACCUUAAAGCUCUAAGCGCUUUACAAUUAUUAAAAACAUGUAAACUGAGUAAAAUAAAAAUGAGACACUAGGAUAGUAACUACUAUACUAUAGAAACAAUUAAAAUGGCUAUAAAACAAGGACACUUUGGCACGUUUUGGCCUAUACUACAGGAUCAACCCGAGACAGAAAAUGAGGCAGGGCAAGGAGGGUGCAUCACAGGUCAUAGGCGGACCUAAACAGAUCUUAUCUUAUAAAAAUAUCAUAUCUUAUUUUUGUUCUCAGGGGCAAUCCCAGCAGACAAAGAUUGGGUAGAUAUUGUUAGACCUGUGAUUGAAAAAAGGAUGCAGAAGUAAGUUUAAAGAAACUAUGAAUUCUGAUCUAAAAUUCGAAAUACAAUAAUGUAAGUACCUUAAAAAUUAAUGGCCUAUGAAUGUAAUUAAAAAUAUAUGGACUAUUUCAAAGUGAAAAUUUAUUUGCCCUCCAUUGUAAGUGAACCUUUAUUUGUCCUCCAUUGUAAGUGAAACUUUAUUUGCCCUCCAUUGUAAGUGAACCUUUAUUUGUCCUCCAUUGUAAGUGAACCUUUAUUUGCCCUCCAUUGUAAGUGAACCUUUAUUUGUCCUCCAUUGUAAGUGAACCUUUAUUUGCCCUCCAUUGUAAGUGAACCUUUAUUUGUCCUCCAUUGUAAGUGAAUCUUUAUUUGCCCUCCAUUGUAAGUGAACCUUUAUUUGCCCUCCAUUGUAAGUGAACCUUUAUUUGUCCUCCAUUGUAAGUGACCGUUUAUUUGCCCUCCAUUGUAUGUGAACCUUUAUUUGUCCUCCAUUGUAAGUGAACCUAUAUUUGCCCUCCAUUGUAAGUGAACCUUUAUUUGCCCUCCAUUGUAAGUGACCGUUUAUUUGCCCUCCAUUGUAAGUGAACCUUUAUUUGCCCUCCAUUGUAAGUGACCGUUUAUUUGCCCUCCAGGUACAGUGCUGAUGAGAUUCAUUUCAAUUUGAUGGCUGUUGUUUCUGAUAGAAAACGAACAUAUGCUAAACGGUUGCAAGAGCUGAGCUCUAUUGUGGAGGUAAGCAUCGGUUGCAAGAGCUGAGCUCUAUUGUGGAGGUAAGCAAUCGGUUGCAAGAGCUGAGCUCUAUUGUGGAGGUAAGCAAACGGUUGCAAGAGCUGAGCUCUAUUGUGGAGGUAAGCAAUCGGUUGCAAGAGCUGAGCUCUAUUGUGGAGGUAAGCAAACGGUUGCAAGAGCUGAGCUCUAUUGUAGAGGUAAGCAAUCGGUUGCAAGAGCUGAGCUCUAUUGUGGAGGUAAGCAAACGGUUGCAAGAGCUGAGCUCUAUUGUGGAGGUAAGCAAACGGUUGCAAGAGCUGAGCUCUAUUGUUGAGGUAAGCAAUCGGUUGCAAGAGCUGAGCUCUAUUGUGGAGGUAAGCAAUCGGUUGCAAGAGCUGAGCUCUAUUGUGGAGGUAAGCAAUCGGUUGUUCUGUAUAUUAGUCAUCGAAUGGUGUCACUGGCACCAAUUAUUAAAACUGGCAUCUUCAUUGACCCAUAGACAUUGAUCUAUACCAGGGGUCACCAAACUUUUUUCACGUCGGGCCUGAUAGCGGUAAAAAAUGAUGAGCCCGGGCCAGAUAGUCAUUCUCUACAAUAAAAAAGACAAAGAAACUAAGUUUAGUAUUCCAUGUUAAUCAUGGGUUAUUGGCGUGCAAUGUAAAAAAGCAAUGACAACCAACAUAAUUAUUUACUAAAAAAGUUAGCAAAGAAGGCGACGUAAGCAAAAAGAUAGUUACAUUAGAUGUAUUGCGCAAAUAUUCAAAUCUCACAAACUAAGCAGCUAAACAGGUUAGUGAGAUUUGUGAAACGGAUGUUUGGCUUUCAUUAUAUCAUCAAUGUUUUGUUUGGAAUUGUUGCAUCAAAUCAAAAGAAUUGUUUUAAAAUGUUCUUCAAUCCCUCUCGUUCGAUGUGUUGACUUCACAUACUUCAUUUUUGAAAAUGUUUGCUCACAGACAUAAGUUGUUCCAUGCAUGCUGCAAAAGUAUGCUGACUCUUCCAUUAUCUGAAAGUCCAAAUUGACACCACACAUAAACAUGAGAAGUUGUGAGAGAUCAGUAGACUCAUCCAGUGCCAAAGAAAAACUGAACUUGCCGAAGGGUUGUUAGUUCCAACCGCCGCGACUAUGAUUUUUAAUGUCCCUGUAUGUUUCCAACACUAGACUCUUUCUUUCACCCAUUUACUACCAAGUUUGUGGUAAUUAUAAUAUAUUAGCAGGAAUAUGCUUAAUGGAAAUUGAUUUUUAUUUUAUAUAUUUUUUUAAACCAUCUUUUCCUAAAAACAACAACCUUUUAAGUUACUUGGUAGGUUUUUUAAAUGAUGUCAUCAUUUGUUAAUUAAUUCUUAUUUAAAUACAUCUUGUUUUAUGCUCAUCUGACUUCUAGUUUGAACCACAUUAAAUUUCACCAGUAACUUUUUUUUUUUUUUACCAGUGAUAGACUGCGAUAAUGUGAUCUGUAUGUCCACUCAAUAUAAAUUAAUAUCAAUAGCAAAUACACAUCUGUAAAAUAAAGUGACCACAGAUUAUAUAACAAACGUUGGUCAUCUUCUUUUAGUAGUUAACUUUUUUUACGCCAGCUUAACUCGAUCCAACUAGACACUGCGAUGCGAGUAGUUAUGGUAUUCAUUUUACAUACCGGUACUGUAUGUUUAUUUAUUUACUAUUAAGAUACCAUAUUGUACGAUUUUGAGACGAUGUUGUACGAUUUUGAGACGAUGUUGUACGAUUUUAGGAGUUCCAGGGUAAACAAGUCUGCAAAUAAACAAGAAAAUCUAGAUACAAUAAUUUAAAAUUGAAAAUGGUAAAUUUAAGGCGCAUAGCAGCCUGGAGGUCUCCGCGCGUGUGAAGAUCUCCUAAUGUUAUAAACAUAAUAUUGAAAUUUAAAUUGUAUCACCAUGUCUCGUGUUCCAUAUGUUUUAUCAAGCAAGUUCAAGUACUGUCAGUGGAUCGGAUCCCAGGCGAUCCAGCCCAUGGGCCGUAGUUUGGUGACCCCUGUUCUUUACUGUACUUGUAUAAAGUAAAGUUGGGUGCUGGGUGGCCGAAUCGUCUAAACUGAGCAAAUCUCAAGUUGGUGGUCUGGAGUUCAAUUCCAGCCAGAGCCCAGUCAAGCAUUAACACCACCAGCACCCUGGGUAGAUGAGACUCGUUAACCUUGGAUGGCAACUCAUCUAAGAGAAGGAAACUCUGAAAUCAAACCCGGAGAUGGAGUCCCGAAAGGCGGAUAACAUUGAUACAAUGAAACAUUCCGGCAACUCCUGCGACGUCACUGGUGCCAAGCUGUAUCAUCCAAUGAUGUUCCCUUGGGUUACCCAGCGGCGUGGAGAGAGGCGAUUUGCUGUUGGGAACCAGCUUAUAAUCCUUGAAGUAUAAUCCCAGGCCAUGUGGAUUUCGUCCUCCGAAGCCCACUCCAUCGUCACAUUCAUCGUCACAUUGUGACGGACGGAUGCCAGCAAAAUAAAGUCAAAGCCUGGCUAAAGUUUUUCAUAGACAAUGUUUACUACCAAAGUCUUUCAAAAUGCAAGCUGGGGGGAAUCUGCAUCUCAGACCAAUCUUAUGAGGCAAGGGGUACCAACGCAAUGUUUAGAGGCAUAAUUUUUUGUUUGAUAUACCCAUCAUUGUUUGUGCUAUUUAUGAAAUGCGUUAAAUAAUCUUUUUUCUUCUUUUUUUUUUUUUUUACCUGCUACUGGAUAAUUGAACCUUUCUACCAUGAUUUGAUCCACUACUUUUGUCAAUACAGAGCAGUGGAAUGGAAUCUGGUGAUUUACAAGUUGAGAUAAGCAGACUGGGAUAUUUGAUUGGUGAAGAAAACAGAAAGGAAGAGAGAUACAAGGUACAUAGAAUGUUUUGUGUAUCUGAUAGUAUGAAAAGUAAAUAGGAAAUAUUAGAAAUUAAGUAGCAAUGUGUAGAUGAAUUUGAAAUUUUCUGUAUUUAAAGUUAGUUACAGUUGGGAAAUAUGGUGGGCGAGAUCUUUUUUAAAAAAACUCUAAAAUUUUAUUUAUAAACUUCUCACCAAAAAUAUUCACUCCUUUAUAAUUCAUAUUCAGACAAAAAUCUUUGUUUUUUCAACAGGUUGAGAAUAUUAGACGAAGACACAAUUAUCUUCCCUUCAUCAUGGAACUUCUCAAAAUUUUAGCUGAAGGGAAACAACUUCUACCAUUAAUUGAAAAGGUCAGUGGCACUUACAUGAUUUAUUGUUAA